AUGGAGCUGUCUCAGAUGGAGGAGCCAAUUGACGAUCUGCAUAGGGAGCUCCGUGGCAAGGUGCGUGAGCUAGCCUACGACAUGGAGGACUGCGUGGACAUAUUCAUGCAUCGCCUCGACGACGUUAGUAAGGCCGGGUUUCUUCGCGAGCUCAAGACGCUCAGGGCACGCUGUGAGAUCGCCAAGCUGAUCAGCGCCCUGAAGGCUCGAGUGGCACGACUGGGCAAUCGACACAAGCUGAUCAUCCAGCUGCCCGAGCAUCCUCGCGCCGUGCGCGUCGAUCCUCGGAUACAGGUGCUCUACCAAAAUGCUGCCAACCUUCAAGGCAUAGGCGGCCAAAAGGAGAAGAUCGUGGAGUUGCUCCAGGAUGGGGCACCUCAGCGGAAGGUGGUGUCCAUCCUGGGGACCGGAGGGAUUGGCAAGACAACUCUUGCCAACCAGGUGUACACUGCCAUCAAAGGCAAGUUUGACUACACCGCUUUUGUAUCGGUGUCCCGAAUCCCAGAUUUGGCCAAAGUCUUGUCAGAUAUAAUCAUACAGUCUAGGUGGUAUUCUAGAAGAUGA